UAAUUGGACGUGAGAUUCCGGGGUUGCGAUCGCAGGACGUUGCCCGCCGCCUGCUCCGGAGCGGCCCCCAUGAUUUAUUCAGCAAGCGAGCUGUCAAGCCAGCGUCAGCUUAUUAGGCGAAGGCUGCGUGAUCCCCCGACGGGGUCCCACCUAUAAAGACCUCGCUCGGGUCCCCGGGACGCCAGGAGAAGCGCUCCCAGCCGGAGAAGGGAAGGCAAGGCAGCCGGGUCCCCACCGCUGCCCGCUUCCAAUCUCCGAGGCUCGAAGAUCUGGUGUCCCAACCAUGAAGAUCCAGCUGCUGGUCUCUACGGGGGUCGUGCUGCUGGCCCUGCUUCCCGGUUGCCAUGAGUGCCGAGCACUGAGCAAGGGUCUCCCAGUGGCGCCCGCGCCCGACUCCAGCGCCUCGCAGCCCUCGGAUUUCCCGGACCAGCUGCCCCCGUCCUUGCCCGUCCUGCUCCGCAUGGGGGAGGAGUACUUCCUGCGCUUGGGCAGCCUUCGCAAGAAUCCUGCUUCCUCCUCCUCCUCCUCCUCCUCCUCCUCUUCUUUAUCCUCCACCUCCAGCAGCAGCCACCUGGCAGCGACGGGCAACUUUCUCCGAGCGGCGGCCCAGCAGCUGCACCAGUUGCAGCAGCUCCAAGAGCGGUCGCUAGGGGGCGCCGCCGCCAUCGCCGCCGUGGCCGCCGCCGAGCAGCCCUGGGAAGAAGGCGGCGGGGCCCCCGAGGGCGCCCACGCGGGGGAGGCCCCGCCGAAGGAGAAGCGCUCCGAGGAGCCGCCCAUCUCCUUGGAUCUGACUUUCCACCUCCUCCGAGAAGUCUUGGAAAUGGCCCGAGCCGAGCAGUUGGCUCAGCAGGCUCACAGCAACAGGAAACUGAUGGAAAUCAUCGGGAAAUGAAGCGCGCGGCACCCCCCACGACCCAUCCCGUCCCCUUCCCCCACCAAAGAGACCCUCCAGUUCGACUUAUAUUUACACGGAUGCCCUGGUGUAGUCCCCCUUUCGUUAUUUUUAUGCGAGAGCUUCACCUCCAUUGAGCGUGUCCGUCCAUAACCCCAACGCCCUUGAGUAGCAUGCCCGACGUUGUGCCCUGGUGUGGUUUGUAACUUAUUCUCCUGCCUCCCUCUCCUUCCCCCUCCCCCUCCCCUCUCCUUUCCUCCCAGAUCGGCCCCAUCCUCGAGGGGGAGGUCCAGAGGCCCUGGCAGUUGCUUGAAGGGGAGCUUGAACCGUUCUGGGGAUGGAAGGGGGUUUGUGGGUGCCCCAAAGUAGGGCUCUGUAUCCGCUCUUUAGACCUCCGCCCUCUCCUUUCCCUCCCUCCCUCUCUUUCGUUCGUCCUUCUUUGUAAACAUUUCCACAAAUAAAACAUAUUUUCAGCGCUCGGUCGACUUGGUUGUGUAAGAGGAGCGUUUAAUAUUUAUAUUUCUAAUAAAAACAAGCUGCAAAGGAA